GCUGCCUUGGUCUUGCUGGCCACCCUGGCCCUGGCGGCCGGCAAGCGGGCACAUAUGCAGGGGAACAUGGCAAUGCUGCAGGUAGCCGACGACAUCACCGCCUCAGCCACCACGACGACUACCGAAGCAGUCGAGGCUCCCUCUCCGAGCAACGUGAGAGAGGCCGCCGAGCAGGGUGACGUGUCGGCGCUCGCGGCAUACCGCAAGGCCGGGGCCGAUUUGGGGGCCGUCGUGGACGAUCGGGGGCGGCUGUGGACCCCGGCGCAUUUCGCCGCACAAUGGGAAGGACACGCAGCGGCACUGAAGUUCCUCUGCGAGGCGGGUAUUGAAGUCGAUGCGACGGACCGGUCGUUUCAGACCCCGGCCCAUUUGGCAGCCCGAUGUGGGGAUGUUGCGGCGCUGCAGGUGCUCCGCAAGGCCGGAGCGAAUUUGGCUGCUCGCAACGGACGAGAACAAAGCCUGGCGCACUACGCCGCACAGAACGGCCACGCGGCGGUGCUAAGGUUCCUCCACGAGGCGGGCGUCGACAUCAAUCCGCCGGAUAACUGGGACACCACCCCGGCACACCUCGCAGCCGAACACGGGGAUAUGGCCGUGCUAGAGGUCCUGCGCGAGGCGAACGCUGACCUGGCGGCGCAAGAUUUCGGCGGACAAACCCCGGCACACUUAGCGGCUUCGACCGGCCGCGAAACGGUGCUUCGGUUCCUCCUGGAGGCUCGCGCCAACAUCAAGGUGAGGGACAAGAAGGGUCAGACUCCGGCUCAUGUGGCAGCAGCGAACGGGAGGGCGGCCGCUCUGGAACUGCUCCGCCAGGCCGGAGCAGAUAUGAAGGAAGCUGACAAGCGCGGAGAAACCCCAGAGCAGCUCUUCCUGAUCCAGGCUCCAGCGACGCCGGGCUCCAUCGAGAAGCUCAUCGCCCUCGGGGUGAACUUAACCGUCCAUAGAUGGACGGAGGGGCACAGCGCGGCACUACACGACGAUUGGGCGGAGAUUCCCCACCUAUCCCAGGCUGUUUUAUCCAAAACGGACUGGGCAGGUCGGACGCCAGCUCAUGUGGCGGCUCUGGAAAACCAUUGGAAGACCUUGGAAGCACUCGUUCAGGCCGGUGCUCCUCUCGACGCAAGGGACUACCACGGAGAUACACCACUUCACUAUGCUGCAAGAUUUGGCCAUGUGGAUGCCCUGCGCUUCCUGAACUAUCAGGAGAAUCCCAAUGUCGCCAAUUACAAGGGAGAGACUCUGGCCGAUGUCGCAGCCCACAACGGACAGCAAGAAGUGCUAGACCUGCUACUGAAG